CGUUUGACCUGCUGUUCUUCUUCCUUCCUCCCAUCUAUCCCAUCCAACCUCGCCAUAAGGACCCAGAGAUUAAGAAAUAUCUCACGGUAUCCAGCAGAGAAGAAGGGUGGGAGUACGGCCCUCGAUUAGUCCCACAUCGACGGAUCAGUUGGAGGAAAAAGAGAAGGCAAAGAGCAACAAGUGGUGGUGGGGAAUUAGGACGGCGGAGGUGGAGAUGUGAUGAUGGGCGACGGGGUGAAGCAGAUCCUGGCGAAACCGAUCCAGCUGGCGGAUCAGGUUACCAAGCUGGCGGGCGAUGCGCCCACGUCCCGGCAGGAGUGCCUGGAGAUCAAGGCCAAGACCGAGAGGCUGGCGGCCCUCCUCCGGCAGGCCGCGCGGGCGGAGCUCUACGAGCGGCCCGCUUACCGCAUCAUGCUGGACACCGAGCUGGUCCUGGAGAAGGCGCUGGUCCUGGUGUCCAAGUGCCGUGACCACGGCCUGAUGCGCCGCGUCUUCACCAUCAUCCCCGCCACCGCCUUUGCCAAGAUGGCCACUCAGCUCGACAACUCCAUCGCCGACGUCUCCUGGCUCCUCCGCGUCUCCACCGCGGCGGCCGACGACGACCAGCUCCACGGGCUGCCCCCUAUCGCCCAGAACGAGCCGAUCCUCUUCCUCAUCUGGGGCCACAUCGCCACCCUCUACACGGGCUCUCUUGAUGCCCGCUCCGACUCGGCCGCCGCCCUAGCCUCCCUGGCCCACGACAACCUCCACUACGCCAAGCUCAUCAUCAAGGAGGACGGCGUGGGGCACCUCCUCCGCCUCGUCAAGGAGGGCCGGGCCGACGGCCAGGAGAACGCCGCCCGCGCCCUCGGCCUCCUCGGCCGCGACCCGGAGGGCGUCGACCGCAUGCUCCACGCCGGCGUCUGCUCCGCCCUCACCAAGCUCCUCAAGGACGGGGGGCCAAUGAGAGCCCAGGCAGCCGCCGCCUGGGCCGUCGCCGAGCUCGCCGCCAAUUACCCCUCUUGCCAGGACCUCUUCGCCCAGAACAAUGCCAUCCGCCUUCUUGUCGGCCACCUCGCCUUCGAGACCGUUCAGGAGCACAGCAGGUACUCCAUCAUCCCCUCCUCCAAGGCCACGUCAAUCCACUCCGUCGUCCUCGCCACCACCACGAACAACCAUCUUGCCAAUUCCUACACCACCAUACCGGAUCCAGACAACAGCAGCAGCGGCAGCCAAUUCCGGAAGCCCAAUGCGCAGUCCCAGAUCCAUUCCGUGAUUCAAUCCACCAUAGCCUCCGCCAAAUCCUCCAAACACGCCGCCGCAACUGCGAACGGCGCCGUCCCUUCCUGGAAGCCCAACUUAUCCUCCGGAUUCGGGACCAAGGGGAGGGAGGCGGAGGACCCGGCCACCAAGGCAGAGAUGAAGGCCAUGGCGGCGAAGGCGCUGUGGCAGUUGGCCAAGAACAACCCGGCCAUCUGCAAGAGCAUUACCGAGUCCCGCGCUCUCCUCUGCUUCGCCGUCCUCCUGGAGAAGGGCUCCGACAACGUGCGCUACCACUCUGCUAUGGCCCUCAUGGAGAUCGCCCGCGUCGCCGAGCACAACCCUGACCUCCGCCACUCCGCCUUCAAGCCCACCUCGCCGGCCGCCAAGGCGGUCGUCGACCAGCUCCUCCGGCUCGCCGACAAGGGCGUCUUCGACGAGCUUCUGAUUCCCAGCAUUACGGCUGUCGGGUGCCUGUCGAGGACCUUCCGGGCGAAGGAGACGAGGAUCAUUGGGCCGCUGGUGCGGCUGCUGGACGAGAGGGAAGCCAUCGUGUCGAGGGAGGCGUUGAUUGCCCUGACCAAGUUCGCGUGCAAGGAGAAUUUCCUUCGCGUCGAGCAUUCGAAGGCCAUCAUCGAAGCCGGAGGGGCCAAGCACCUCGUCCAGCUGGUGUAUUUUGGGGAUCUGGUCCAGACUGAGGCGUUGAUCCUCUUGUGUUACAUCGCCCUCAACAUACCGGAGAGUGAGGAACUCGCACAGGCAGGUGUUCCUGCGGUGCUGGCUUGGGCUUCGAAGCAGGGGCACAUGGUGCAGGACCCGAGGGUGGAUUCCUUGUUGCCGGAGGCCAAAGGUAGGAUGGAGCUCUAUCAGUCACGAGGACAUACCUGAUCGACAUUGAUCCAGGGCGAGAUUUCUUCUUGGCAAGCCAAUGGUUGCAGAGUAUACAUACAUCAAACUGUUCUGUCCAACUUCUUGUUAUGAUUUCGAACGGUCCUGUACACCUCUACUGUAAUUUGUGUGGCUGCCGCAGGGAUGACCGGUUGAUGCUUGUUCUCGUAAGGUGGAUAGAUGAAGUGGAUUUGUGUGCUUUAAGUGUUCUAUCAUCCGCUAGUAUGUAUUUUUUAUAUUUAUUGGAUCAUUGUUUGUUGUUUUAA